UAUGAACUACAGCUCUUGGAACUUCUGACUUUCUGUUUUUUCUCUCGUAUAAAAGUCCAGAGUAAGCAGCAGACUGCAUCAGUUGUUUAACAAUCAGCAAAAUAUCCAAAUAUCCAAAUGGCAGCCCGCUUCAUUGUAAUCUUCAGUGCCAUAUUGGUCCUUGCCCAAGGAUCAAAUCUUUUGCCCAUUGAGCAGGAAGCCGAGGUGCCAAUUCACUCUGGUGCACCUGUCGCAAUCAUUUCGCAAGGUCAUCCAUCUGUGGUCCAGUCCGUUGCUCCUGCCUACGGUCAUGGCCAACUUCAAGUUCCAGUUUCAGUGGGCGGCGCUCAUCACGGAGUCGGAAUAGGGUUGGCUGGUGCACAACCCUAUGUGGCAGCACCUCGUCCUGCUGUGUCCUACGCUCGUCCUGCAGCCGUGGUGGUUCCUGCUGUGGUGGUUGCUCCUGCGGCUCCCAUUCGUCAGCCCCAUGGAGUCCCUGCCCCAGUCGUUGUGGGCGCUGGUCACGGAAAUGGCUACUAUGGUCGCCAUCAUGGCUAAGAGCCCUACAAAUACUCUACCCGAAUCAAUCUGCGAAUCCGUUUG